CAAACACUCACUUACACGCAACCGACAGGCACGGCAAGAUGUCUUCAUAUCGUACUCGCGGGGGUUAUCCCGCUAACGAAUCGUAUCGACAUCCGCCAGUCCAAAGUGACGACUUUUACGACGAUCGACCAAGAUCAAGAUCACCACACCGCAGAUACAGUUCUCCUCACAGACGAAGUCCUCCGCAUGGUAAACCAUACAAGAUCAAGGUUGAAAGAUGUGUUAGAUGAGAACAUACUGAUGGCUCCUUGUCAAACAAGAUAUUUCGAGAUCAAACAACCGAGGCGAGUUUCACAUUCGCGGUCGCAGUACGCGGAGUUCCGAUCGCAACUCCAACGCCAACAACGACCGCCGUCCUCGUGACAGACGAGACUACCAUGACGAAGACGACGAUCGUCGUCACAGAUCUCCUUCCCCUCGCCGUGGUAGAAGAAGAUACUAUGACCGAGACCGACCCUACUCGCAAGAGAAUGGUGGUGGGUCCAGUCGAAGCCUCAGCCGAAGCAGUCGCAGUCGCAGUCGACGACGGAGGACGCCUCCGGAAGAAGAGAGAGCUCUCAGUCGAGGCCAGCCGAGCAAGGAGAUCAUGAUGGAAGGCCUGGCGAGGCACCUGACCGAGAACGAUGUUCGCGAUUAUCCUUGUUGACACAUUUCCCGACCCGUGAUGAUGAACUCCGUUGCUUGUUAUAUGGAGAGACCUGUGGCUAAAAUCUGGGUUUUUAUUGGAACAGAUUUCUUCAGAGUUGAAACAUUACUAUCACGUCCAACACCUGGACGACGUGCGGGUCAUCCGCGAUCGACAGACGAGUGAGUUGUCCGGAUGUACCGAGAUGGUCGGGGGAGGGCCCAGUGUGUGAUUACUGACCGACUCGGACACGCAGAACAAUCGAGACAAUUCGGCUUUUUACGCUUCCCGACCGUUCAGGACGCGGAAGAGUUCAUGGACCGCAACUAUCCCGUUCUCUAUCUUUACGGCAAUGACGAACUGUCUACUGGAGAUGCUUCGAAAGUCCGAAUUACCUUUGGUCGUGAGCGGAAAGAGGCCCAUCGUACAGAAGAUGCGGAUUGGAUAUGUCCAAAUUGCAACGUCAACAACUUCUCAACGCGGAACAGGUGCUUCAGAUGUCAAGCGUCGAGACCAGAACCUGGCUUUGAAGCUCCGGUGAAAGCGGUAAAUGUUGGCGACAACGAUACGUCGACCGACAAUACUCCGUCACAAUUUUUACUUCUGCGUGGACUGGAGCCUUCGGUCACCGAAGAAGUACUGGUCAAAGGAGUGUCAAAACUGAACAAGCCGAGUUCGACGGCGGCACAAAAAGAUGAAGUCCCUGGCAAGAAGGUAGCGAAAGUCGCUUCGACCACUGGUGAUGCGAAUCUUGGCGCCAGAGAAGGUACAUUACGACGGAUUCUGCUUGUUCGAGAUCGAAGGAGCAACGAGAGCUGGAGAUAUGGAUUCGCGGAAUAUGCCUCGAUGGAAGAUGCACAGGCUGCACUAAAGAGGUAUAAUUCCUUUGACCGAUUCACGAUCGCUUCCAAGCAGGUUCUCGUCAGUUAUAUCCACGCUGGAGUCUUUGUGCCGGUAUUGAACCCGUCACCAGAGAUUGAGCGAUUCACAUUCAGCCCAAUCGGUAACCCUUCAAUGAAACUGGCGUACUGGGAUGAAGCCGCGUAUGUGACUGAGUUGGCCGUGUCAAUGCCCGUUGUCGGUUCUGAAGGAAAAUCGGUCCCGAAAGAUGUUGGAGGAUCCAAAACCAAAGAGGCCGAGAAGACCAAGAAGCGGAAAGCCCAGACAUCAGCCAAUGCUGAGGAUGGUAGUGCAAAGAAACCUGCUCCGUCACAUCUACAAUUCUGGAGUAAUCGUCACGCCGAGUUGCAUGGCAUCGAUCAGCCAUCAAAAGACGGCAGCGAAGCGAACUCCUCGGACGGCGGCAGUGCACCGUCAAUUCAAUCUUUUGCCGACCCAAAUCGACAUUGCUGUUACCUUUGCAUGCGCCAAUUCAACGACGUCGCCGAAGUCAACAAGCACGAACGACUGAGCGACUUUCACCGACAAAAUCUCCGGGACGAGAGUAAAGUCAAGAAAGCGACGGCGAAAUUAGAGAAGCACGGUAUUCAACACCAUGUUUCUUCUGCUGCUGCCGCCACCAACGACGAGACUACUGAUUCGACGCCUCAAUACCGUGAUCGAGCCAAGGAGCGAAGGAAGAUCUACGGUGUCAUCAACAAAAAGGGUGAACAAGUCGGAAUGGGAGUCUCCAAGGUGAAAACGUCAGACGAGGGUGACGGGGAUGAAGGAGGUGAUGACCGGCCCGUUGUUCGAUCCAAGGGAGCGUCGUUGUUGAGUAAGAUGGGAUACACGGCCGGUCAAGGUUUGGGGGCUAGUGGGGAAGGCAUGACUGCUCCUAUCGCGCAGAGCGUGUACGUUGCCGGUGUCGGCUUAGGUGCUCAAGGUGGCAAAGUCGGCGAUGCGGUAGAAGAGGCUGAACGGAACACGAAAGGACGGUACGAGGAUUUUGCCGAAAAGACGAGGGAAGGGGCACGAGAACGGUAUGCGAGGUUGGAAUAGACUGCACUAACACCAGGACAAAUAGGGGUGUGAAGUGAUCAAGCAGUGCACCGAAAACGGGGCGGGAAAGAAAAGCAAGAACAGAAUGAUUAUUUUGUUCUUUUCUUCUCAUUAUCAAAAAAACCAAAUGUUUUGUAAUGAGACAGUCUUAUCUCAUACUCUGUCUUGUUUCUCUAAAGGGUGAGAAGAAGAGAAGCUUGACUGAUAAUGCCUGGUGUUACCAAGUCAGGCAAGUAUAAGACGAGGGAGGGCGUGUCAUUGUUGACCGUCUAGAAGUCUGUCCGAGAAAGGACGAGUCCAAUCCAAAAAAAAAGGGACCAUCAGAGUCGGUGCCGACAAGCCAUGGAGAGGAUAUCACGGGGGGAGAGAGAGAGAGAGAGAGAGGAUCGACUGACGGCCUUGUGUAGGCUGCCUACUCUGUAAGUGGUCAGUUUUCGUGAAAUGUUGGUUGUUUGGUUUCCCCCCAAAAAGUCCAAACUCUUCUCAUUCAGAGUUGAAGGCGGGUAGUCAAACUUGUAAAUUUGGGUAUCUGAGGAGUGAGUAAUCGUAGGGUCGUCGUCGUUGUUGUUUUUUUGUUCGUCAAAACAUGAAAUGCAUCAUCGGGAGGGGGGAUGCCUUUGUUCAUCGAUUGUUGUACUCGUAACGGG